AUGAUUGAGUUACGAGACAGAGAAUGCUAUUUACUGUUAUGUCUAAUCGUCUUCAAAAUCGUUGUGCCUUGCCACAGCCAUGAGAGCUUGUUUGAUGGAAAAAUACUAUUUGCUGGGAAGGAAAUGUGGAAGGAGACUCUGCCGUUGCAGUCUGGAUCUCGUGUUUACAGAUUAGUAGGGCUUAAAUCAAGUUCUUGGUAUGAAGUCAAGAUCUCGUACCCAGCUUCUAUCCCUGCUCUGUUCUCGCUGGAACUAUUGAGGAACGGUGAAAUGAGUUUGAAGCUAAAGCAGAUGAGGAGAUUACUAAACACUGAGAAGUUGGUUUUCAAAUCAGGAAGUCUUGAAGAAGUUAAUGACAAGGAUGGAUUGUUUGUUUUGGUGACGGUGGAACCAGAGGGGAUCGUGGCUAUACCAAGUUUGAAAGAACGGACGUUCAUCAUAUACAACAUAGUUUGUGAAGAACAGCUGUUAGGUAUCGCAUACUCAUGCUGGUCAGUGGUGGUUUUAGUAGUGUUGUGUCUCCUUGUCGCUGUGAUUCUUCCUCGGUUUCUCCCAUCUUCUCUUCUAAUUAAAGAUGUAAAUCGUAACCGUUAUAUCCCUUCUGCCAAGUGAAUAUCAAGAAGAAGCAUAUGUCUGUUUUGUCACUCGUAUAGCUUCUGAUGUUUGUUCAUCUAACUCGGUAUGGAUUCAGUUGUAUUACAGUGGAUAUGAGCUAGGAUAUUUAUGUUCCCUGGAAAAUUGACUAUUUGAAUGAUGAUGCUACAUGUUU